AUGAGCAACAAAGAAAAGGUCUGCUUUCCAUCGCAAAACAAACAAGGAGCUUGCCCUGGGGUUCUGACCGGAGACACCAGCAAAUCAAGCAUGGGGCUCGUGGUUCUGCAGGAGUGGUGGGGCAUGAAUCAGGUAAUCAUAGACGAAGCUGCGGACAUUUCCGAAAUGGGCAACUUUGUAACUCUUGUUCCCGACUUGUACCGGGGAAAAGUAGCGACGGAUCGAGAAACUGCGGGCCACUACGCUGCUGAUUUGGAUUGGCCAGGCGCAGUGCAAGAUAUCGCUGGGGCUGCGAAAUAUUUGAAGGAAAAAGGUGGGUCCAUUUUAGGAACACUGCAAUCAGGUCUGUUUUCCCUUAACUUUUGAGAAGACCCAUUCCCGCGGGAUACAUUUAGAGAUAUUAAAUGAAAAACAUUGCAUAUAUAAUUGGAUACGUAGAUCAGUGCGAUACAAGAUAAAAUCGGUGCUUAUGUAGGUCAUGGGGUGGGGCGAUUCGUGAUCAUUGUUUCAUUCUCUCUUGUCGUGACGGCAGGAAGUGUUUUGGGUUGACCAGGAGAAAGUGUCAAAUUUUGAAGCUAAUUAUGCCUUUUUAGAUAAGAUCAUCGGUACAGGAAGAAAUUGCAAGGUUUAAAUUGCAAUAAAAUUGCAAGAAUCCAGCUGACAAAUGAAUCAGAGACUGACUUUUACCACUGAGAGAAGCUUAUCUUUAAACUCUUACUGACAAGGUCACUGUGGGUGAAAUUCUCUCACGUAGUCUAACACUUUGACGUACGAACUGCAUGGCUGUUCAUCUUUUAUAUGCAGACUUGCUGUUCAUAGAAAAAACUGACUGGAAUGUAUUAAGAGCUAUUAAUGUUAGCUUUAUAGCCGCUGAGUGCAGAAAAGAUACAUGCCUUUGUAGAAGCAACAGUGACAGCAAGCGAAUAAAGGAUUGGAUCGGAUCACUGGAUCUGAUCCCUGCAAUAGAUGGAAAAAAGAAGAUGAAAUACAAAAAGAGGAAGAAAUAAGGAUGCCUGUUUCUGGUUGCUCACCUACCUUGCCUUACUACACGCACUGCUUGUAUUUCCUUUAAUUCAUCUUUGUUUUAACUUUUUGGAUAACCUGACAUGAUGCAUAAUCCAAUCCUUGAUCCAAUCCAGAUCAAGAACCCAAGUCAUGAUCCUAUCUAUAGACUCUAGGAUUCGUCACAGGAACCACCCAGUCCCAGGUGGACUGGGGGGGUACUCCCUAAUAUAAGCCAUAUAGUUACGUGCUGCUGCAAAGGGUAGGGUUUUUGCACCAUUUUGGUCUCAAAACAGGUAUAGAUUUUGCCCUUUUUGGUCAGUAGAAUUGGGUAUGGUUUACAAAGGAACUAUGGUUGUGCAUCGAUAUGUUCAUCAUUUCAAUUCCAGAUGAGUAAGAAGUAAUAUGUGAAUUCGAAAUGGAUUUUAAGAAAUAUUUUUGUUGCAAUUUUAACCUUGGCAAUGAUAACAUAAUUUCUGUUUUAUGUAAACAAUUGUAACAUUGCAUUUUGUGACAACCUCCAGGUCUGAAAAUGGGUAAGGAUUUUAGAGACCAUGUCUGAAAAUGGGAGUGAAAAAUGACAUUUUAUGGUCUACAAUAGGGUUCACUGGUUUUGGAGAACCGGGUGGCACACAGGGAAUACCCACCACCCCCCCCCUCCAGGUACCCAGUAUCUUGUUGUGUAUCAAGAUCCUAAAUAGGAUUCCAGUCCUGAACAAGAUCUGUGGCCAAUUAGCCUGCAUAGCAAGCGUUUUCACUUGAGUUGGCCGAGAAAUUCAGGAUGAGAGCAAAAGAAAGGAAUGAAGGGGGAGGGGGAGGGGGAGGGGAGAUUCAAUUUCCUCUUCCAUUUUUUUUUGCUCCCGCUUUUAGAUUGGAAACACUUGCUACACAGGCUAGUGGCCUUUGACAGAGUUGGACUAACAAAACCUGCACCUUAGUUGAUAAAGCCAACCACUUUUUGUGUUUCCUGACUUCCGCACCACUGUAAAUUCUUUAUUAUAAAACACAAUUAAAGAUAUACUCCAGUUACAUUUCUUAGUAUAUUAUUCAUUUCGUCAGGUUGUAAGAAAGUGGGUGUAACUGGCUUCUGUAUGGGUGGAGCCCUUGCUUUAGCAGCUGCCGCGCUACUUCCUGGAGAGAUUUCUGCUGCUGCUCCAUUCUAUGGCAUUCCCCGUUCUGACCUAUGUGAUGUGGGCAUGAUCAAAGCACCAGUGCAAGCUCACUUUGGUAGUAAAGAUACACUAGAAGGGUUCUCUUCACCCAAAGAUGCUAAGGCUCUCACAGAGAAGUUUGAUGCCACAGGAGUGAAUUAUGAGUUACACAUGUAUGAUACUGGCCAUGGUUUUACUAAUCCAACUAAUCCAAAUUACACCAAAGAAAUUUGUGAUUUGGCAUUAGGAAGGAUGGUAGACUUUAUGAAGAAACAUUUACAGUGA